AACCAGAAUAAUCCUCUCUCAACCACCACCACAAGUUGCUCACAUUCUCGCAACUGCAACUACACACACCUAUACACACAAAAUCUGAUCAUAUACUUACACAGCUUUCAUCUUACAUAUCGGAAACAACACUGUGAAGCAAGCUGUAUACAAUGUACGCAACUUCGUUCUCUCCGCACAUUCUUCACUCACCGGUAAAAUUACACUCCGAGUCAUCAGUCACCGGCUACUCCCGGUUGAAAUCGCCGGCGUGUCCGAUCUCCUGGAGAUAUGAUUAUGUGUGCUCGGUGACGGCGAAAGUCUCGCGUGGAGUGAAGUGUUUGAUUAAAUCUACGGAGGAGAGUGUGAAUGAUGGUGGUGAUGGAGUUGAUCAGGAGGAGGUUGCGAAAAGUUCGGUGAGGAUUGUUAGUUCUUCUGGCGAUUCUCCUACUCUCGGGAUUCGCGAACCGAUUUAUGAGGUGGUGGAAGUUCAAUCAGACGGAAUAGUAUCUACAAGGAAAAUUAAUAGGCGACAUCUAUUAAAGUCAAGUGGUCUUCGCCCUCGUGACGUCCGAAGUGUUGACCCAUCAUUGUGGUUGACAAAUUCGAUGCCUUCUUUGCUGGUUCGUGAGCAUGCAAUACUGUUGAAUUUGGGAACACUCCGUGCUAUAGCCAUGCAAGAACGUGUCCUCAUAUUUAACUAUAAUCGUAAAGGUGGUAAAGCAUUUAUUGAUGCACUUCUGCCUCGAUUGAAUCCAAAGAAUAUGAUUGGAGGGCAUUCAUUGCCAUUUGAGCUUGAGGUAGUUGAAGCAGCUUUGAACUCAAGGAUACAACGUUUAGAGCAGAGACUAAUGGAUUUAGAACCACGUGUUGAAGCCUUGCUUGAGGUGUUACCUACCCGAUUAACAGCUAGUGUAUUGGAGGAACUCCGUAUUAGCAAACAGAAAUUGGUUGAGUUGGCUUCGAAAGCAGGCGCUCUUAAACAAAUGCUUCUUGAUAUACUUGAGGACCCUCAUGAAAUACGUCAAAUCUCCAUUAUGGGAAGAAAUUGCACACUCAAGAAAGAUAACUAUGACAUGGAAUGUUCAGUUCCACUAGAAAAGCAAAAUGCUGAGGAAGAAGAAGAGGAAAUUGAAAUGCUUUUCGAGAACUACCUGCAAAGAUGUGAGUCAUGUCAUGGUCAAGCAGAAAGGCUUCUUGAUUCUGCAAGAGAAAUGGAAGACUCUAUCGCUGUUAAUUUAAGUUCGCGGAGGCUUGAGGUCAGCAGACUGGAACUGCUCCUUCAGGUUGGGACGUUUUGUGUUGGUGUUGGGGCUCUGAUAGCAGGUAUAUUUGGCAUGAACUUGAAAUCUUAUCUGGAAGAGCAAGCAUAUGCAUUUUGGCUUACGACUGGAGGAAUUAUUGUUGGUGCUGUUGUGGCAUUUUUUCUUAUGUACACUUAUCUCAAGGCACGGAAGAUAUUCUAAGAAUCGAUUGUUGUUUGACAGUUAUGUGCAACACUCAAUGACUAGUGGUGUGGUGGACAGAACAAACACUUGACCGCGUACGCAGCAAGUAGCUUAUUAUGAUUAUGCAAGGCCAAACAUGAAGUAGAGACAGGAGAGCAGGUUCUCAUCUGAUCGCUUCAUAUCAUAUUCUCAGCCUAGACCGACAUCCGACAGGAAUCGCCAAAUAAAUCAGAGAGCUCCUUCGGAAUUGCUUUACUUACUUUUUAGAGAAAAACAGAGGAGGCUAGAUUAGGAGUGUGGAUUUGACUUGCAGAUAGAACUAGGAUCAUUACUUAGGACUGAUAAUGAAACAUUGAUCUUUUGCCUCAAGUACAGCGUAUUAGAUUAUACGCUUAUAUAUAUUACAUGCAGAUACCGAUUUCCUGGUUGAA